AUGAAAAAUAAUUAUUUUUCUUAUAAUGGCCAAUUUUAUCAUCAAAUUCUGGGAGGAGCAAUGAGUUCUCCCCUUACAUUAACUGUUGCUAACUGUUAUAUGUUCGUUUAUGAACAAAUUAUAAAACAAAUUAAUAAUAGCGGUGCACUAUAUUUUAGAUAUAUUGAUGAUAUAUUUAUAGUAAUUAAUUGGCCUGCUCGACAUUUAUUUAAACAAAUCGAGAGAUGGAAUCACUUUGAUGUAAAUAUUAAAUUAUCAGAAAAGAUUGGUUCAACUGCUGAUUUUCUUGAUUUACAUAUGGAAAAUCGAGAUGGUCAGUUAUUUACGACGGUUUAUCAAAAGCCGUGUUAUGAACCAUAUUACUUGCCGUUCAACAGUGUGCAUCCAUUACAUAUGAAGAAGAAUAUAAUUUUUACUAUGUUUCUUCGUACUAUUAGAUACUGUUCAACUUUUCAAGCUUAUUUGAAUGAACGUGAAAAAUUACGAAUGGCAUUAUUAUUAAAUAAAUAUCCAAAUAGAAUUAUUGAUGAACAAUUUAAUCAUGUUUUAUCAAAAUUUAAUAUUGAUCAGCCAUUAGAAUUUAAUAAUUAUAAUUUCAUCCGUCAAAAAAUUAUAGAAAUACCUAUUAAAGAAAAAAUACCAGUGAAUUACGGUAAGAUAAUGUUUGUUCAUUUUACUUAUUAUUCAAGUAUGAGAACAUUUCCAAAAACAUUUCAUGCCCUUUGGGAUGAAUAUUUUGGUGAAUCUCCGAUUAAUGAAGUCUUACCUAUUCUUGGCACACGUAAUGUUAAAAAUUUACAAAGACAAUUGACCUAUACAAGAUAA